CUUAACUACCACCAAACCACCUCCGCAUCUCCUCCGCUCCCACCUACUUAAGUAUACGUAUCCGCAUCUCCCCAAUUCAAUUACUCCUCCCAAUUUACCACUCUCACCCCUCCAACAAAUCAACCCAUCCAUCAAUUCAGAUAUAUAUCAACACCACCAAAAUGCGCCUCCCAACCCUCGCCACCCUCCUCACCCUCUCCCUCACCACCUUCGCCUCCGCCUCCGACCUCGGAAUCGAAGUCACCCACCCGGUCGAAUGCACCCGCAAGACCCAAACCGGAGAUACAGUGUCCAUGCACUACCGGGGCAAGCUCGCGUCGGACGGAUCCGAGUUCGAUGCUAGUUAUAACCGCGGCACUCCGUUGAAGUUUAAGUUGGGGGCUGGGAGGGUUAUUAAGGGAUGGGACCAAGGUCUCCAGGACAUGUGCAUUGGAGAGAAGCGCACGUUGACGAUUCCGCCUGAGCUGGGAUACGGCGAUCGGGGUAUUGGGCCGAUUCCUGGCGGUGCGACGUUGAUCUUUGAGACGGAGUUGGUGGGUAUUCAAGGGGUUAAGAAGGAUGAGUUGUAAUCUUCUCUUCCUUUUUCUUUCUUAUCAUUCUUCUAUGGGUAUUGGUGGGUGGUAUGGUAUAACGAUAUGACGAUUCUGUUCUAUUUGUAUCGUCUAGGGUAUCAUCUUCUAAAGUGUAGAAUAGGUACACGGAUCAACAGCAUGAGUCUAUGUAUACAGGGAUUAAUCCAUCGCAUCUAGCUUAUUAUCUGACUCAUCGUUCUCGGAGACGAGUAUCCCCACGAGACAUUCUCCCAGUAUAGCGUCCCAGUUCACCCAGGGGUGGAUCUCGAAGAACAACUUCCCUGAAUCUUUGCCCGCGCCGCGGAGAAGCUCUCCCCGGCCGCCGGGGUGAAAGGGGAGGUACGGUGU